GCUGAUUUUACAAAGAGACAUGUAUCACCUAGACACAUAUUGCUUUCCUUGCAAGACCGAGAUCCAGAGAAUGUCAGUCGGAUUACGAAAAUAUACAAGCAUAAGAGUGUGAUACAAAAAGAGAUAAGAGGUCCUAGAAGUGAGAUACGACAAUUGUUUAAGCUUAUUGAGGAUGCAUACUAUGUGUAUUGGAGUAGAAAAAAGGAUGACUCGGAAGUUGUGAGAGAUAUAUUUUUGGCCCAUCCUAAUUCAGUUAAGUUGUUGAAUAUUUUUCCUAUUGUGUUAGUUAUGGAUAACACCUACAAGACAAACAAAUAUAGACAACCUUUAUUUGAAAUUGUUGGCAUAACAUCAACCGAGUUGACUUUUGCUGUUGCAUUUGCGUAUAUGGAGUCUGAGCAGAUAGAGAAUUUUUGCUGGGUAUUGGAGAAACUUAAAGAAUUGUUUGUGAAGAAAGAUUUGUGCCCACAAGUGAUUUUGACAGAUAGAGAUCUUGCUUUGAUGAAAGCAAUUGAAAUUAUGUUUCCCAAGUCGAUUAAUUUGCUAUGUAGAUUUCACAUUAACGCUGGUGCCAAAUGCAAACAACAUGUGGUGAAUGACCUGCAAAAGACGAUAGACACAUUAUGGAUGGAAGUUGUUUGGGCUAGUGAUGAGGUUGAGUAUGGUCAACCGUUGCAUCAACUUGAGCAAGCAUGUGUUGAUUAUAGUGGAUUUAUUAAUUAUAUGAAAGACACAUGGUUGACUCCACAUAGACAUAGAUUUGUUGGAGCACGGAUUAAUCAAGUGCUACAUUUGGGUAACACAACGACUAAUCGGGUUGAAUCUGCUCAUUAGAAGUUAAAGCAGAUGUUAGGAAACAGUAUAGGUGACAUGGUCAAAUGUUGGGAAGCUAUGAAUAACAACUUGACGUUAUAAUUGGGAAACAUUAGAGCUUCUUUUCAAAAGAGUUUUUACGAAGUUGAGCACGCGCACAUAAGUCCCUUUUAUGGUUAUUUGCGUGGUUCCGUAUCUCGAGCUGCUUUGAGACAUAUUGCUGAAGAGUUAUUGAGAGUUGAUUAUGUUGGAACUAACAGGAAAAUAUGUGGUUGUACUCUUAGAACAUCUUACGGGUUAACUUGUGCUUGUGAGUUAGGAAGAUACGCACUAGGUGGUAUACCGAUACCCAUAGAUGUUGUUCAUGUUCAUUGGAGGAAAUUAACUAUGGAAGUUGAGUUAGAGGUAGGUGUAGAUGAUGGGUCAGAGGUGGAUAUGACUUAUGCAAUAGAUGAAUUGUGGAAACUAUUUAGAUCAUUAGAUGUUAUUGGGAAAAGGGCAUUAAAGAGUAGGAUAUGUGAACUAGCAUACCCAACAAUGACUCCAUUGUGUCCACCACCCGAGAAACUAAAAACCAAAGGAGGAGUGGAGAAGAAAGGGAAAAAACCAGCAUAAUAUGAUGUUUAUAGGGACCCUUCGUAUCAUGAGUAUGUUGAUAAGGCAUCUCAAUCUUCACAAACACCAAAUAUCUCUAUUUAUUGCAUUGGUUUUGUUAACCAAAAUCAUUGGGUUCAGGUUAACAUGAAAGAGGGGUUCCCGUUGCCACCGGUCACAUUAUAUUGGAAGAAGUUUCGUUCUCAUACAGCAACGUCUUGGAUGUCAGGAUUUGCAAGACGUCUACAACAUUGGCAAUUACUUACGCCUAUAUUAGCAUGAUUAUGUACUCAAAACAUGAAUAUGUAAUCAAAACAUGAAUUUUAUAUUAUGUCUAUUAUAUUCAGUUCUA